AUGAUAUAUAUUAAUGAAACAGAUCCUCAUUAUGUCAGUAAGACCAUUAAAUCUAUUGGUAAAUCUGCUGUGAUGUAAUUGAUGACAAGGCACUUACUGAAUAAUAAUCACUUAAUUAAUUGGAGCUGUCUCAAUCUUAGUAGAAUUUACUAAUAAGCCAAUGAAGCAGCCUAUUAAUUAUUCAUUAAAAUACAACUUAUUUCCAGAAAAAUCGAAAUAUCUAGUUUAUUGUCUACUAAUCUAAAAAUCAUGAAGAAUUUGAUUUGUUAUGGUGUUGAAGGAACUUCUUAAUUUUAAAAGAUGUACGAUUAUGGGAGACUAAAGAUUUAGAUAUUACUUAGAAAGUAUAAGGUAGUAUGA